AUGGCCUCGUUCCGAAGGGCUGUGCAACUCAACCCUGAUGCUGCCUCUUGGAGUGCCGGCAGCUCCCUGUCAGACGAAGACACAAAGCUGAUUGAUAGGUUUCAUCGUCAGUUUCCUGAUGGCCCCACUAGGUUGUUGCAGCUUGACGAUGUUGCCAAAGAUCUCGGUAUCAAGGCUGUCUAUCUCAAGGACGAAAGUACAAGAUUUGGGCUUCCGUCUUUCAAGAUCCUCGGUGCCUCGUGGGGAACUUUCCGUGCCAUAACUCAAAAGCUUCAUCUGCCUCUGGAUGCCGACUUGUCCUUGGUGAAGGAUGCCCUGGCCCCAAAUCCCAUUCCUUUGUUUGCAGCGAGUGAGGGGAAUCAUGGCCGAGCCGUAGCAAGAAUGGGAUCUCUUUUGGGUGUUCCGGCGGAGAUCCAUGUCCCUUCAGACAUGCCUCCAGAGACAAGGAAGCGGUUAGAAGAAGAGGGUGCCAAAGUUGUGGUCAAUAUCAGUGGCUACGACGAGGCCAUGGACACUGCUCGAGAGGCUUGCGCGGCAAGCAAUGGACUUCUUGUACAGGAUUAUUCGUUUGACGAUUACAAAGAGAUUCCUCAGUGGAUUGUUGAAGGGUACAUGACUAUGCUGCGGGAGGUUGACGUCCAGCUCAAUGGUGCUGAAGCAAAUUUGGUCAUCUCCCCGGUCGGUGUAGGGUCCUUCGCACAAGCGGUCGUUUCGCAUUAUAAGAGAAGCGGUUGUGAGAAGACGGCAGUAAUGACUGUUGAGCCAGACACUGCAGCCUGCUUAUACAAGAGUCUGAGAGCCAAGGAACCGAUUCCGGUUCAGACAUAUUCCACUAUUAUGGCAGGUCUGGACUGCGCUACACUAUCACCUAUUGCAUGGCCACUGCUGAAAUCUGGUGUGGAUGCAAGUCUGACAGUGUCCGAUUUUGAAAGCCAUCAGGCGUCCCAAUAUCUCAAAUCUCAAAACGUAUCAGCCGGGCCAUGUGGUGCAGCACCGCUGGCUGCACUCAGACGGCUUACAGAAGAAGACAAGGCCAAUUUGGGUCUCGGAAAGGAUUCUGUUGUUGUUCUUCUGUGCACUGAAGGUGUCAGAGGUUAUCGAACUCCAAUGGACGUAUCGAUGGAUAAUCCGGUUGCAUUGACCCAAGCGCUCGUCCGAAUCGAUUCGUCCAAUCCAGCACUUGGUUCCGUCCCUGGUCCGGGAGAGACUGACAUUGCCCGUUAUAUUGGCUCGUGGCUUGAGCAUCGCGAUAUUGAAGCUCACUGGAUCGAACCAACCAAGGGACGGCCGUCUAUCGUCGGUGUUGUUAGAGGGUCGGGAGGGGGCAAAAGUCUCAUGUUUAACGGGCAUAUUGAUACCGUUACCACUCUUGGUUAUGAUGAUGACCCGCUUGGAGGUGAGAUCAAAGAUGGGAAACUCUACGGUCGUGGUGCCGACGACAUGAAGUGCGGAGUAGCUGCUGCCAUGUCAGCGUUGGCCGCAGCCAAAGGUCAAGCUCUGCGCGGGGAUGUCAUCUUUACUGGCGUUGCCGAUGAAGAAGCAACCAGUAUAGGCACGGAGCAAGUUCUCGAAGCAGGCUGGAGAGCGGAUGGUGCUGUUGUUAAUGAGCCAACUGGUGAAGAAAUCAUCCACGCGCAUAAGGGAUUCGUUUGGUUAGAAGUCGAUAUUCAUGGCUUGGCAUCGCAUGGAUCUCUGCCGACAGUUGGGAUCGAUGCCAUUACACGGGCAGGGCACUUCUUGGUCGAACUUGACAGAUACUCGGAGAAGUUAAGCCAAGGUUUUGACGACCCUCUGCUCGCACCAAGCGUCCAUGCGUCAACAAUCAAGGGUGGUGAAGAGGAGUCUUCAUAUCCAGCACUUUGCACUGUGGUGGUAGAGCGUCGAACUAUCGCAGGCGAGUCUGUCGAGUCGGUGAGACAAGAAUUUCAAACCAUUCUGGGCAACCUAUCCAAGUCGGUAAAGGAUUUUAGGUAUGAUUUGAGAGUGACUUUUAGCCGAUCUCCUUUCAAUAUUGAGCCGGAGCACCCGUUCGCUGCCCUCGUAGGCGAGGUUACUAGCCAAGUUUUGGGAAGAAAGACAAAGUUCAGCAAAGGACCGUACUGGACUGACUGUGCUCUGCUGGCCGAUAAAGACAUUCCCGUGCUUCUCUGGGGUCCAACCGGCGACGGGCUCCACGCCAAGGAAGAAUGGGUGGAAAUCGCCUCUAUCGAAAGAGUGGCCAAGGGCCUGGGAAUAAUUGCACAGAAAUUUUGUAGCUAG